AACCCUGACCGCUGCCUCUCCAAAUAGUUUUUGUUGCGUUUUUUUUUUGGGACAAAUCUCACAUUGAAACAAUACGCUCGUUUAUGGUCUCAUUGCUGACACUUUUUACUCGUCGCUGCUGUCCUCUCAGGGCUAGCUGGCGGUGACAGAGAGGAGCCAGCUGGUCGGGAUAGAGAGGCACAGGAGGAGAGUUAGCAGACGAGCUAAUUAGCCCCAGAGACUCAGCCUGGAUUACUGCCUGUAAUCAAACAGCAAGUCUGUGGGUUUACUCACACUGCGGCAACAUGAAGAUAACUGUGGAUUUCGAGGAAUGCUUGAAGGACUCUCCAAGAUUCAGAGCCACCAUAGAGGAAGUGGAGGGGGAUGUGUGUGAGUUGGAAUCCAAGCUCGACAAAUUGGUGAAGUUGUGUAUUGGGAUGAUUGAUGCAGGAAAAGCCUACAAUGCAGCCAACAAGCAGUUUGUUAGUGGGAUCCGGGAGCUAGCCCAGCAGUCCACCAAAGAUGAGGUCAUCGAGUCCAGUCUCACAAAGUUUGCCGAGAGCCUGCAGGAGAUGAUCAACUAUCACACGAUAUUAUUCGAUCAGGCCCAGAGAUCAAUCAAGACCCAACUUCAAACAUUUGUCAAAGAUGACCUUCGGAAGUUCAAAGAAGCCAAGAAACAAUUUGAUAAAGUGAGCGAGGAAAAAGAGGCUGCGCUGAUCAAGAACGCCCAGGCUCCACGCAACAAGCAGCAUGAAGUGGAGGAGGCCACCAACAUCCUCACUGCCACACGCAAAUGUUUCAGACACAUCGUCCUCGACUACGUUUUACAGAUAAAUGUUCUACAAUCCAAAAGAAGAUCGGAAAUCCUGAAAUCUAUGCUGUCCUUCAUGUACGCCCACCUGACAUUCUUCCACCAAGGUUAUGACCUCUUCAGCGAACUGCAGCCUCUCAUGAAACAGCUUGGGGGACAGUUGGACCAGCUGGUGGUGGAUGCUGCCAAAGAGAAGAGGGACAUGGAGCAGAAACACUCCACCAUCCAGCAAAAGGACUUUUCGAAUGACGACACCAAGCUGGAGUACAAUGUGGAUGCAGACAAUGGCAUCGCCAUGGAGGGUUAUCUGUUUAAGAGGGCCAGCAAUGCCUUUAAGACAUGGAAUAGGCGUUGGUUCUCCAUCCAAAACAAUCAGCUAGUUUACCAGAAGAAAUUUAAGGACAACCCUACAGUGGUGGUAGAAGACCUGAGGCUAUGUACAGUCAAACAUUGUGAGGAUAUAGAGCGUCGCUUCUGUUUCGAGGUGGUGUCACCUACUAAGAGCUGUAUGAUGCAAGCGGACUCAGAGAAGCUGCGACAGGCCUGGAUCAAAGCAGUCCAGAACAGCAUCGCCACCGCCUUCCGUGACAAGGGAGAUGAGGGCGAGAAGCUGGACCGGAAAUCUUCCACAUCAACAGGCAGUUUGGACUCCGGUGGGGAGCCGAAGGAGAAAUCACUGAAAGGAGAGAGCGCCCUGCAGAAAGUCUUGGCUAUCCCAGGCAACACCUGCUGCUGCGACUGUGGCCAACCGGACCCCCGCUGGGCCAGCAUCAAUCUGGGCAUCACCCUCUGUAUACAGUGCUCUGGUAUUCACAGGAGCCUGGGAGUGCAUUUCUCAAAGGUCCGGUCUUUGACUUUGGAUACAUGGGAACCAGAACUACUUAAGUUGAUGUGCGAACUGGGGAACAAAGAAAUUAACCAGAUUUACGAGGCUCGACGAGAGGAGCUGGGAGCCAGAAAACCACAGCCAGGAGACCCGAGACAUGAGGUCGAGGCCUAUAUCAAAGCUAAGUACGUUGAUCGCCGAUUUGUAAGGCGGCCGUCAGAUGAAGAGCUUCGCACCAAAGUGGUUUCCCUCAGCAAGCAGGAGAAGAGGCUGAGCAGCAGCUCUGAGCAUCUUCCCCCAAGAGCACCUCCACCUACCCCCAAACUUCGACCUGGUUCAAACGUCUCUGGUCAGUCAGCUGUUGCCAGUGGCUUGGAGGCCCGCCGUGACUCUCUCUUCUGUCCUGACGAGCUUGACUCGCUCUUCUCCUACUUUGACAACUCCUCCAAGCUCAGGAGCAUAAAAAGUGCAGACAGCGGUAUCCAGAACAGCGCUGAUGGGAGCAGGGAGAUGCUGGCCACCACCCCCUCCAAUAACAGCCUGACAGAUGCAGACGCUGCUGAGACUCCACCCAUGGCCAUGCCUGCCACACUGCCUCCUCCGUCACCCUGUAAGGAGAUGGUCUUCUACGAGCCCAAGGAGUACAGCCCGGGUCUGCAGCUUUAUUGGGCCUCAUGUGCCCGCAGCCUGCCGGACAUGGCUGAGGCACUGGCCCACGGAGCUGAAGUCAACUGGGUCAACACAGAGGACGAAAAGAGAACGCCACUUAUCAUGGCGGUGCAAGGGGGUUCGCUGGUCACCUGUGAGUUUCUGCUACAAAAUGCAGCUAAUGUAAACCAGCAGGACGCUCAGGGGCGAGGACCCCUGCACCAUGCCACCAUGCUGGGACACACAGGGCAAGUGUGUUUAUUUUUGAAAAGAGGAGCAAAUCAAAAUGCUGCGGACAUUGAUGAGAAAACACCCCUGGCCAUAGCAGUGGAGGCAGCCAAUGCAGAUAUUGUCACAUUGUUGCGACUGGCCAAGAUGAACGAGGAGAUGCGAGAGGCGGAGGGGCCCUACAGCCAGUCAGGAGAUGAAACCUACCAGGACAUUUUCCAGGACUUCACCCACAUGGCCUCCAACGACCCGGACAAGCUGAACCGCUACCAGCAGUACGACCCGCAGAGACCCUGACACAGCAGAAACGCCGUCCACUAACACACAGAGAGACUGAACCUUAGAGAGAGACAGAAAGAUGUCUGCCUCCUCCUGGAAAGAUUUCCACUUCAAAAACAAUCAGUCAGAAAUCUGCAUUAAAGCUGGUUAGUGCUGCCACAGCUGGACAGCUGUCACCAUAUCUAACACGUCCGAAGCUCCCUUUCAUCAAAAUGUAUCAAACUGACCUGCAGCUGUGAUUACAGCCCCGGUUGAAAAUAAAGCACUUCACUCGAGUGAAGGGGAACAUCUGUGAACAGAUAACCACACUUUUUAAACAUUUUAAAAAACUGUGCUUCUCAGUAGGACCUGUUAGAAUAAGUGAAUGGUACAGUAUUAGAGCCUUUAAAAGGAUUUGCAAAGAUCAAAUGAAAAUUAAACUUGGUCUGAAUGUAGAGCUGCCAUCAAGGCUGCAUGUUAUUUUGAGCGAGCUUAAUAUUUUGUCACACUUCCUGACAGAAUCAAAUCUUUAAAAAAAAGAAAA